AUGUAUCAGCCGCAACCACCACCACCACAUCAACAAGGUAGAGUCACACAACAAGUGACCUACACAACUACCAAUGCAAGUUCCACCGAUUAUAUGGAAGGAAAAAAGAAAUUCCAUUUGUUUCCAAGACUCUCUAGAAAAAGUCGUGCUCCUCCUCCUCCACCAAAUGUCUAUGUACAAAAUCCUCCUGUCUAUGUAGUUACCCAACAGCAGCAACAACCAAGGGUAACACAACAAACCUAUGUAGCUAAUCCACAUGGAUAUCCACAAACCCAACAAACAGUCUACCAUGCAGCACCACAACAAACUGUCCAAAGUGUUCAAUACUCACAGCCCCAAGUAGUCUAUUCGCAUGAUUAUCAUCCUGAAAUCGAUAAUUUCUAUUUCACCAAAUAUUUGUACUCUAAUUAUUCCUGUGGUUGUGGCGAGGUUAAAGGGAGUGAAGUGGACGUAUUGGUUGAGAUGGGGGAGGUGAUGAAAAUUGUAAUGAUAAGGUCAAGUAAUGAUACCGAACAUGUAAAAACAAUGGUUUGA